UUUUUCUAUGAAGACGGUACUGGUGGCGCUUUUGACGAGCAAGGUCAGGAAGCACCGAGUUACGUCGAGGAUAAAUCAUUUCGCUUGAAAAAAUUGAAAGAUCGAAAGUAUAUCAAAAACCAAGAAGUUCAGGUUGAAACAAGAUCUCCAGCCGACACUGAGAUGAAAGAGGCUGAGCCUAAGAAGGAAAGAGAUCUGCAGUAUAACGUUUAUACGUUCGAAGAUCGCAAGCGUUAUUUUUAUUUU